ACGGUGUUUUAUUUUCGUUAGCCUUUUUGUCCAUCGAGAAGCUUUGCGUUGGAGCGAAUCAAUUCUGGAACUAGGAUACAUAUAUCACCAUACCGCGCUCUCCUUCUCUCCCUUUCAAGUGUUAUCACGUGCGUGAGCUAAAUUCUACAAUCAGUGUAGGGUUGCACAAACCGAUUUAGGUUCCAAACUGUUUAAUUUCUCAGCGAGAAUGUUGUGAAAACUCGGUCUGAUAGAGGUCAAAUAGUGAGAUAAUUGGAACUGUGAUGAUGACAAGAGGCGGGAAGAAGAACUUUUGAGAAAUACCUUCUUCUAUGACCUUUAAUAACCGGUGGCUUUAUUGCCUUCAUCCAUAUGAGAAGUUUCCCCUGAGCUCGAGACAUCUGCCGCGCACUCUGCGCUGUCCAAACUCUCUGCCACCGGGAAUAUUUUGUCAUAGGUUGUUCUAUUACCACAUUGGGAAAUAUAGGGCGACUGUUUCAUGGUAGACUUGGGUUGCAUGCAUCAAUGCCAAGAAAUUUCAUUAGGGGAACUUUGCCCAAGGAAAACGAGAGCCAUCUGUGUAGGAUGGAGCCGGUGGCCAGGGAGAGAGGGACAACAGAGAACGGAGGCAGCUCCUCUACGAGGGAGCAACGCUCCUCCUGCUCCAGCCUCAAGAUGUUCCUUGUGGCCCUAUCGUUUGCCUACUUUGCCAAGGCCUUGUCUGGCAGCUACAUGAAGAGCACAAUAACCCAGCUGGAGAGGCGCUUUGACAUCCCCAGUUACCUAACAGGUGUCAUCGACGGGAGCUUUGAGAUGGGUAACCUGUUGGUGAUAGCAUUCGUGAGUUACUUUGGUGCAAAGCUGCAUCGGCCCAAGAUCAUAGCAAUGGGCUGUGUACUGAUGUCAGUGGGAACAUUCAUCAUCGCUCUGCCACACUUCCUCAUCGGACGCUAUAAGUUCGAAACGUCAAUCCGAUCGUCAGUGAAUUCAACCAAUAACCUCUCUCCAUGUCCAGCGCGCCUGUUGUCACCCUCGUCGCAAGCUUCGGGUGACCCGCUUUCUGAGGCACCAAGCACAGGGACAGUAGGUUGUGAAGGAGAGUCCAACCUCUCCAUGUGGAUCUAUGUGUUCCUGGGGAACGUCUUACGAGGGAUCGGGGAGACUCCAGUGCAGCCCCUUGGGAUCUCGUAUAUAGAUGAUUUCGCCAGGGAGGAAAAUGCUGCAUUUUACAUUGGCUGCGUUCAGACCAUAGCAGUCAUUGGUCCUGUGUUUGGCUAUUUACUGGGAUCCCUGUGUGCCAAAAUAUAUGUGGACAUUGGAUUUGUCAACAUGGAGAGUAUCACCAUAAGCCCUGGUGAUGCUCGCUGGGUGGGGGCCUGGUGGUUAGGUUACCUUAUUGCUGGGGUAAUCACCCUGCUUUCAGCCAUCCCCUUCUGGUUCCUGCCCCGUUCCCUGCCCAUCCCGUCAGACCGAGGCCCAGCCCAGUGCACCCCGGAGCAGACUAGCUUCAUCAAAGACUCCCCUCUCCUGGAGCAUAAGUACCAAGCUGACGAGCCAGCUGGCUUUCUGGAGAUGGCCAAAGAUUUCAUACCAACGUUGAAAACCCUCCUGGGGAACCCAGUGUACUUCAUCUACCUGUGUGUGACCAUCAUUCAGCUGAACUCUCUCAUCGGCAUGGUAACCUACAAGCCCAAAUACAUAGAGCAACAUUACGGACAGUCCGCAUCAAAAGCCAAUUUCCUGAUGGGUACAAUCAACAUCCCUGCCGUGGCGUUGGGAAUUUUCACCGGCGGCCUGCUCAUGAAGAGGCUGAAGCUGAGCAUCAUGGGAGCAGCCAAGUUUGCGUUCGGCACCUCUCUGAUAGGCUACUUCCUAUCCCUCUUCUUCUUCGUCAUGAGCUGCGAGAACGUCAAAGUGGCUGGGAUCACGCUGCCCUACAACAGGGUGGGUGGUGUAUCGUAUGAGGAGCGCUCAGUAUUCUCAGCCUGUAACUCCGACUGUGUUUGUUCAGGCAGAGACUGGGACCCUGUCUGUGGAGAAAAUGGCAUCACGUACGUCUCUCCCUGCCUGGCUGGCUGCCAGACCUCCACAGGAUCAGGGAAGAACACGGUGUUCUCUAACUGUAGCUGUGUGGUGGCAGCAGGAAUGAGCAGUGGUAACCUGACAGCCAGUGUAGGCCACUGUCCUCACAGAGACGACUGUGACCGUGUCUUCCCUUACUUCCUGGCUCUUUCUGUCAUCACUUCCUUUAUCAUCUCCCUGGGUGGCACGCCAGGCUACAUGGUCCUCAUCAGGUGUAUCAAGCCUCAACUGAAGUCCUUAGCUCUGGGGUUCCAUACUCUGUCCACACGUACACUUGCGGGCAUCCCAGCGCCCAUCUACUUUGGGGCGGUCAUCGACACCACGUGUCUGAAGUGGGGCCAGAAGAGAUGCGGAGGGAGAGGAGCCUGUCGGAUAUACAACACUACAGCAUACAGGAUAGCUUACCUGGGUCUGACUAUGGGCCUGAGGACAGUUUCCUUCCUGCUGUGUAUACUGGGAUUCGUGCUGCUCAAACGACACCUGCGGAGAGAGGAAUGCCGCGCCCACCAAGUGGCCAAUGGCGGAGCAGAACUGGAGGCACUCAGGAAAGAAGAGGUCCUAGCCUCCAACUCGGACCAAUCGCUACAGACUUCCACAACAGACUACAACAACACAGAGAGAGAGACACGCCUGUGACAGUUUGAGACAAUCUCCCCUGAUCCCUCACGUUACACACAGACACACACAAACACUAGAUUUGCAGGAACCAACAACUGGCUGUGCCUGACCAUCUCAUCUCAUAGAACAUAAAUGAUGUAUUUGUACUGUAGCUGUCUAGGUUAUGUAUAUUUAAAAACAUACAGUUGAAGUCGGAAGUUUACAUGCACCUUAGCCAAAUACAUUUAAACUCAGUUUUUCACAAUUCCUGACAUUUAAUCCUAGUAAAAAUUCCCUGUCUUAGGUCAGCACUUUAUUUUAAGAAUGUGAAAUGUCAGAAUAAUAGUAGAGAGAAGGAUUUAUUUCAGCUUUUAUUUAUUUCAUCACAUUCCCAGUGGGUCAGAAGUUUACAUUACACUCAAUUACUAUUUGGUAGCAUUGCCUUUAAAUUGUUUAAACAUUUCGGGUAGCCUUCCACAAGCUUCCCACAAUAAAUUGAGUGAACUUUGUCCCAUUCCUCCUGACAGAGCUUGUGUAACUGAGUCAGGUUUGUAGGCCUCCUUGCUCGCACACUUUCAGUUCUGCCCACAAAUUUUCAAUAGGAUUGAGGUCAGGGCUUUGUGAUGGCCAAUCCAGUACCUUGACUUUGUUGUCCUUAAGCCAUUUUGCCACAACUUUGGAAGUAUGCUUGGGGUCAUUGUCCAUUUGAAAGACCCAUUUGCGACCAAGCUUUAACUUCAUGUAUGAUGUCUUGAGAUGUUGCAUCAAUAUAUAUACAAUUUUCCAUCUAACAUAAUUUUCCAUCUAUUUUGUGAAGUGCACCAGUCCUUCCUACAGCAAAGCACCCCCACAACAUGAUGCUGCCACCCCCGUGCCUCACGUUGGGAUGGUGUUCUUCGGCUUGCAAGCCUCCCCCUUUUUCCUCCAAACAUAACGAUGGUCAUUAUGGCCAAACAGUUCUAUUUUUGUUUCAUCAGACCAGAGGACAUUUCUCCAAAAAGUACAAUCUUUGUCCCGAUGUGCAGUUGUAAGCUGUAGUCUGGCUUUUUUAUGGUGGUUUUGGAGCAGUGGCCUCUUCCUUGCUGAGUGGCCUUUCAGGUUAUACCUUCAGGCGUUUGGAAAUUGCUCCCAAGGAUGAACCAGACUUGUGGAGGUCUACAAUUUGUUUUCUGAGGUCUUGGCUGAUUUCUUUUGAUUUUCCCAUGAUGUUAAGCAAAGAGGCAGUGAGUUUGAAGGUAGGCCUUGAAAUACAUCCACAGGUACACCUCCAAUUGACUCAAAUUAUGUCAAUUAGCCUAUCAGAAGCUUCUAAAGCCAUGACAUCAUUUUCUGGAAUUUCCCAAGCUGUUUAAAGGCACAGUCAAUUUAGUGUAUGUAAACUUCUGACCCCCUGGAAUUGUGAUACAGUCAAUUAUAGGUGAAAUAAUCUGUCUGUAAACAAUUGCUGGAAAGAGUAUUUGUGUCAUGCACAAAGCAGAUGUCCUAACCGACUCGCCAAACCUAUAGUUUGUUAACAAGAAAUUUGUGGAGUGGUUGAAGAACGAGUUUUAAUGACUCCGACCUAAGUGUAUGUAAACUUCCGACUUCAGCUGUAUAUGUUUUUGAUAUAACUGAAGUAAUUUCAUAGAUGUACCUGCUGUAUUUUACAAAACCACAAAUGUAAUUACAUAGGAUGUCAUCUUUGUUGUUGGUACAAAGAAAGUAUUUAAUUGGAUUUGUUAACCAUUGGUUAAUUGUUUUUACUGCAGCAAGAGUCCAGUUUCGGUCACUGAGUAUUUUUGUAACAACUCUCAAGGUAGUCUACAUUAUAAUAUUGUUAGACAGCUUCACUCUUGUUGAAAGAGAAUGUCAGACAUUCUGCGUUUCUCUACUGUAACAUUGCCAAAUUGUGAUCUCAAUAGCCCUGUUUAUACCUGGUUCUAACAUGCACCCUUCGUGCUGAUAUUGUCCCGAUCUUGUCUGUUUACACUUAUACACAGCAAAUUGGUUAGUGUUACCUAGUGUUGAUAUUUCUGUUUAACAUUUGUAGUGUUGAUUCAGGUGGUAAAUUAACACUCAGUGGUUUAAAAGAAACCUGCUGUUGGUAUUAAUUAAUAACCAGUAGUAAACCAAAACCACACCCAUCAGUAUCAUAUUUCCCAGCAUGCUCUACUGCAGGUAGAUUUCUUGGAUAUCUCUGUUGGGGUCAAUGUUCUUCGAUAUCUCUGUUUUUGCAUGAACAUUUAUUGAUUAAAUAGUUUGAUUCAACUCAAAUAUAACAUGCAUUUUUCUAAACUAAUCAAAUAUGUUACUUGGACUUAUUGUACCCGGCACUGAAAUGGUUGUUCCAGUUUCUAUUCUUUAGGUUGUCUCAUCUCUUAUCCUUCCCAAACCAGUAAUCAGUGAACAAACAUUUCAAAUGUUGGCUAUCCCCACUCUGGCUGGAUUACAUUAGGAAUUACACAUCACAGCAUUAUGUGACCUGCAGGCCUGAUUUUCCAUGUAAAUCACAAGUUUAUGGCAUCUGAUUUAUGGUUAUGAUAACAUAAUUAACUUAAGAUCUCACUUCGUGAAGGCUACAGAACUGAAAACAGAUGAAUGCAACAACCAUGUCUCUGUCACUAAGAAAUACAGUCAUGGGUGGUAUCUCUGCAAUUCACUUGAAAGGCAAGGCACUCUGGGAAAUAUGCAAAUAAUGCUUUAAACUAAGCAGUGUGUUAAUUUAACACUGAAAAGUGUGGACUGGUAUAGACAUUGCACCAGUGUUACAUGUAACAUUCUCAGUGUUGAUUUAACACUGGAGAAUUUGCUGUGUAAGAUCUGAUCACAAUACACCUUUUAAUUGUCUACACCGGUCUAAAAAUGUGGGCACAAUCAGAAUGUCGACAAAAUCAGGACAAAGGACACAUUAGCACCAGGUAUAAACAGGGCUACUGUUCAUCAUGUCUGUGUGACUGUUAUGCUACAGGAGAUGCCACUGUGCCAGUUUGCCGUAGCUGUUCUCUGCCUAAGGUGUGUAGCAGGAGUGUUCCUAUUUCAGUUCUGAUCAAAUCCAAUUGGUGGCAGUAUUGCAUACUGGUAGUAAAUCCAUCUCGGACUUGAAAAUGUCAGUAUUAUUACAAUGAAUUGUGAUACAAUUAACAACUCAAAGAUCAUUAUAGAUAUAAAAUGCACACCCACUGGACCACUACACUGUCUACCAUCAGUGACUAUCCACUGUAGGUGCCAUAUUCAUUAUGAGAAGUAAAGCACAUUUGCAUAAUUUAUUGGUCAGUCUGUCUGAGUGUGUAUAAAUUGUGUACGUAUGUUUGAAAGUUUUAGGGCUCUAUUUAAUCUGUAUCGCUGAAGCUUUACAAUUGCGCGAGAGAAAUGUAAAGGUCAUUUCCGAUUGAGCAGCGUUUACCAUGUAUGCAGUCGCUACUACAGUUGGAAUAUUGCCUUUAUAUUUUAAACACACUGACGCUGAAUUUCCCGCAAUACUGAUUGAAUAGAGCCCUUAAUGUGCCAAAAUCUCUGAACAAAAACACCGUGGUCAAUUCUCAGGUUGUUCCUAAAUUAGUGAAUAAACAUGUCUUUAUAU